ACCCACGUCUUUCUCUCACGAGCACUCGUCUUUUAGAUGGCCAAGCUAAGUACCAAAGAUAUGGUUUUGUGAUUAUAUCUCCUAGAACAAAGGAGGAACUCAUUCAGGGUUUGAUGCAGUGAGCAAAGUAUGGCUCUCGCAAGGGGAGCCCUUACGCGUUGUGUCGGUGACUCCAAUCUGAGGUUGAGAGCGCCGACUGUGAGUCCGAUUAGAUUGGUCGGUGGUGCUCUCCAAGUUCCAAAGUGUGGAUUUCCAUGUCUCCAAAGGCGCCAAGCUUCUCAUGUAACGCAUUUUACGCACGAGUUUGGACAGAACCAUGUCCAAGUCGUGGAAGGCGAAUCCCCGCAGCCGGAUGAAUCACUGUCAGAUGGUUUGCUAUCAGAGCUUCAGGUACAAACACUAGAAGAACAGGCGCGAAUCUCUGCAACUCCUGCUCAUCCAGAGAGCUUGUUUGCUCUGUAUGGGAUACACUUUCUUUCCUGCCUACUGGAGCACGCUUGGCACUUUGCUCUUCCUGCGGUUAUCGCAAUUCUGCACCGCAGCUUCCUCCCCGUGGCUGCGGAGAAUUUCGUAAGCCAGCUGGUCAUCUUCGUCGGUGGCCCUUGCGUAGGAGCGUUCAUGGAUUCCAUGCCAAGGCCUGCAUCGUUUAACUUUCUAAGCAUUGUUCAGACUUUCUCCAUGGUCGUCUCUGCUGCCGUGGUAGUUUUCGCCCUUCGUGGUGGAGCAGCAACAGCGUCCACAACGUCUGGACUUCUCCUGAAACCUUGGUUCAUCAUUUUGAUGACCUUCGGUGCGUUGGAGCGGCUGGCUGGCCUUGCGUGCGGCGUUGCUUUCGAAAGGGACUGGGUCGUUCAGCUCGCAGGAUCAAAUCGGUCUCUGGCUUUAGCAAAUGCAAAUGCGAUACUGAGAAGAGUUGAUCUAGUCUGCGAGAUAGCUGGUCCGCUUCUGUUUGGAAUAUUGUUGUCGAGGUAUACUCCUGUCAAAUGCAUUUGCAUUGCCGCGGUAGCAAUGGUUACAUCUCUUCCUCUCCUGAUAUAUCUUGUUCAUUGUACAUAUAAGCUUUCGAAAGGGGUACUAGAUCGCCCCAAAACGCGUAACUGGACCGAGUCCAAAGGAUAUCAAGAUCAAUCAUCCGAGGAAGGCUUUCGUGCCAUCAAGCGUGGAUGGAUUCAAUACUUGUCACAACCAAUUCUUCCAGCAAGUGUCGCUUACGUUCUCUUAUACUUCAAUGCCGUCCUUGGACCUGGAAGCCUCAUGACGUCUUUCCUAACGCAGCAAGGACUGAACCCGUCGAUCAUUGGAAGCUUUCGCGGGAUGUGUGCACUGAUGGGUUUCGUCGCCACAUUCGUCUCUUCUGCAGUGAUAGGAAAGCUCGGGGUGCUCAAAGCGGGAUUGACUGCUUUGGUAUUCCAAGCGGGGCUGCUUGCUCUGGCUGUUGCUGUCUACUGGAGCACUCAAGUGAAACAUCAGGCUGCCCUCAUCACAUUCUUGGUUUUGAUAGUAGUUUCAAGGCUGGGCUUCUGGGUCUACGAUAUGGUGGACGCGCAAGUCUUUCAGACAGCGGUGCCAAUCUCGCAGGCCAACCUGGUAGGAACCACGGAGGUAUCGCUAGCGAGCCUCGCAGAGCUGGUUAUGAUGGGAGUGGCCAUCGUUGCGAGCGAGGUGAAUCAUUUUGGUGGCCUCUCGGCGCUGUCGAUGGUGGCGGUCGUAGGGGCUGCUGCCAUCUACUGGAGAUGGCUCGCAAAUCCAAGCCCAGAACAGGCUCGAUUGUUUCCGGGUAGCAGGGACCAAAAUCUAGUUGAAACUUCGCCACAAGUUUGCGACGAAGUGACCAUUGAAGCUUAUGAAGCUUAAAUUCUUUUUUUGCUUUUCUUUUCUUUUCUCUCAUAUAAGCCGAAAAGAACGAGCUUUUGUUA